ACCUCCUUCCUCCUGUGGCCGGCCGCUCAAGGCUUCUCCCUAACCCAGCGCUUCUCCACCAUCCAGGGGCUUUGCUCUCUCGGUCUCUCCCACUCUCGCAUCUUCCUGCUCGCCCGCUCUUCUUCCCGACCCAGCGCGCUCCCACCCCUCCUCCUCCACCUCCUCCUCCUGCUGCUCCUCCUGCUUCACAUCAUCAGCAUCCUCACGCUUCUCUCGCCUCUGCUCGCCCUCUCUUCUUCUCCACCCAGCGUUCUCCCCUUACCCCCACCCCUCCUCCUCUGGCGUUAUCAUCAUCUUGACCACCACCAUCAUCGCCGUAGUAAGCUGCUCUUUGGUAAUGUCUACAACCACGCACACGGCAGAGUCGCUGCGUCUCUUCGCUAGCUGUAGGCUUCGUGCUGCGAGCUAGCUCUGCUAUCUAGACAGAUCUCGUGUACAGCCACAGUCUCUAUCCUUUCGAUCUGCCUCAGCUCUCUGUGUUGCUCUGUUGCGGGAUAGCCCUGCAGUUGAUUUUAUUUCACUAUUUUUGUUUUGUUUAUUUCUUCUCGUCGAGUUCGCCCCGGUGUCUUCCUCCUCGUCUUCCUCUCCCUCCCCCUCCUCCUGUCUUUCUCUUCCGCCGCUCCCCAAGAGAGAUUACCUUCAGCCAUCUCCAUUAGGGACUGGAGACACUGCUUACUACUACACACAGGCCCAGUGGGGACACGCACGUACACACAGGUCACACACACACGGACACGCCGCAUACACAAUCGAUCAUACACAGUUGUUACACCACACGCUCACACUGUGCGAGUCUAUUCAUCGCGCACCUAUGAUGGACAGAUGCCACGGCGUCUACUUAACGUGGGUGUCCAAGCGUAGCCGAUUAGGUUAACGUCACAGAGGAGUAGACAUACGCACGUACGCACGUGUACACGUGCACAGCAGCAGCAGCCCCUGAUGCGUGCGUGCACUCCACGUGCACUUGCGCUGACAGGACGCACGCGUGCACAUGUUGGAGAACGCACACACUCGCACGUCUUGCGAUGUGAGCACACCAGCGCAACCUGAUAGGUAAACAUAGCCAGGAAUAGCACCGAAUAGGUUACGGCAACAUUUGGCUGGUCAGUAGUAUACCUUGCAUUUAUGCCGCGUUAAUUAAACUUUUUUUUUGGGGGGGUGGGGGGGAGGUACACGUUUAUUUAUUUGUUAUUUUGACCCGAAAUAUUUGAUCGGGGGGGUGAGUGCAUAAAAAAAAGCUCAAUCACAGCACGCGACUGUUGGCAAGAUGAUGCCACGGAGGACGUUAGAAGAUGUGAAAGUUGAAGAUGUGGAAAAGAGGAGAUCACCCAGCAAGCACUAUGUGUACAUCAUCAGUGUCUCGUGGUCAGACGGAAGUUCGCAGGCCAUCUUCAGGCGCUACAGCAAGUUCUUUGACCUCCAGAUGCAGCUGUUGGACAAGUUUCCAGUGGAGGGAGGGCAGAGAGACCCCAAGCUGAGGACAAUCCCCUUCUUGCCAGGGAAAAUCCUGUUUCGGAGGAGUCACAUCCGCGAUGUGGCAGUCAAGAGGCUGAAGCCCAUCAACGAGUAUUGCAGGGCUCUGGUGCGAUUGCCUGCCCACAUCUCGCAAUGCCCCGACGUGCUCAACUUCUUCGAGACCAAGCCCGAAGACCUCAAUCCACAGCGAGGGGAGAAUGAUAAGAAGAGAAAUUCCCAAGACGGGGACACGGAGGGCGACGCGGACGACAUGUGCGUGGCGGUGGCCGACUACGAGCGGCAGCAGGGCGGCGAGAUCAGCCUGCGCGCGGGCCAGCCCGUCGAGGUCAUCGAGAAGAGCGAGACCGGCUGGUGGUUCGUGAGCAGCUCUGACGAGCAGGGCUGGGUGCCGGCUUCCUUUCUCGAGCCGCAGAAGGAGACCCAGGACGAGAUCGUCGCCAACGGAGGGAGCAAGACGGGAGAAGUGGCUAAGCGGCGAAAGCCCCACUUGAAGAGGCUGGAUCGGCGCUGGACCCUAGGGGGCUUCACGAACCGGCACCAGAGCAGAGAAGAGCGGUGCCUGGCAGUGCAGUCGUACACAGCGCAAGACAAGGAUGAGAUCAGCUUUGAGAAGGGAGCCACCCUAGACGUCCUCCAGCAGGACACCGAGGGCUGGUGGCUCGUCAGACACCAGGGCCGGCAGGGCUGGGCGCCAGCCUCGUGCCUCCAGAAGGUCCCGGAGGAGCCGGCCACCCGCCGCAAGACCACCUUCCACCCGGUGGAGAUCAUCAGCACCAUGAUGGAAGUCAGCAACCUGCCCGGGCGCCAGGCCUCUCCGGGCAAGGAGCCGCCGCCCGCUAAGGAGGGGAGCCCCAAGCCGACGCCGGCGCCCAAGCCGACCGCCAAGUGCGCCGAGCCGGCGGGCUGCGGCACCGAGAAACGCGCCCCCGGGUCUCCCGCCGUAGCAAGAAUCGCCCCGCAGAGGCCUGCCACAGGCUCUCCUGAGCUGUACAAGUCCGUUUCCCCAAAACGCGAUGCCAGUUUGGUGAGUGUAGACUUGCAGGCCAGAGGGCUGCAGCUGCCCAAGCCUCCGGCACCGCCCCCGGUGGAAAUGGAGUAUUACACCAUCGCCGAAUUCCAGACGACCAUUGCCGACGGCAUCAGUUUCCGUGCCGGCCAGCGCGUCGAGGUGAUCGAGAAGUGCCCGAGCGGCUGGUGGUACGUGCAGAUCGGGCGCGACGAGGGCUGGGCGCCGGCGUCCUUCGUGGAGAAGCGGAAGAAGACGAACCUCGUGCGGCGCAACAGCAACAUCGCGAGGCCCAAGGUGCCGCCCCCGGCGCCGCCCGCGCAGUCGCGCGGCUCCUCCGGCUCCGACGAGCGCCGGAACUCGGAGGUGGACGGCCGCUCGGGGGCGUCGAGCAGCGUGGGCGGCGCGUCGUCCGAGAGCAACGACAGCGACUCGCACAUUUACGACGUUCCCGCCGUCGAGGAGGCGAGCGCCCACUAUGAGAAUGUGGAGCUGUCGCCGCGCGGCUCGCCGGCUCAGUACCGCGCGGUUCGCGCUAAAGGCGACCGUGCCUCGCCCGGCGCCCAGUCCUCGCCCGUCAAGUCGUCGUGGGCGCGGCCAGGAGACGCGUCGCAGAACUCGCCUCUCGGCUCCAAGUACGCCUCCGCGGUUUCCACCAGCCCCGGUUCGCUGACGAAGCGGCUGAGCUUCCUGACGUCGGCGUCGGGGUCGCGGGACGAUCCGAAAGCCGCCACGGUGACCGUGAGCCCCUCCGUCGUCCCUCCGUCUUGCCACGGCGCGCCCAAGUCCCCGCUGGUCAUACUCCCCAAGUCAUCCGCGGCGGCGACGGCGGCGGCAUCGCCGAAGGCGCAAAAGGUGACCGCGAGGCCGAGGCUGGCGAAAGACGACUCCUCGGAGGAGAGCUCCGGGGGUGCUCUCGACGCCGCUGCGGGGCUGGCGUCGGUUUGCCGAGUGGAUUCGUUGGAGGAGUCGUCGAGCGACAACGAGAGGCGGGAUGUGAGCAGCCCAGUGAAGCCGGCGGUCCGGCCAAAGCCCGCAACGCCGUCGCCUUCUAAGGGCUUCCCGGGCAAGGUGGAAAUGUUGGGCCUUCGAAAUAGGCUCAAGCCCGUGCACCAGACCUCGUCCGAUGGUACGGACAUCCCUCCCGACAGGAGGGAGGAUAGGCCAUCGAACGGGAGCCGGCCGGCGGCCGCGUCAGACUGCCACAGGGGCGUGCGGAGGGUGGCCUCGGCUGAAGCGCAGCUGCCGAACGGAGCUGCGGCGGUAGCGGCGGCGGGCUCCUGGAGGCACGGCGGGCCGGAACUGCGCAGGGCGGACGCUUGCGGCGGCGGCCCCAAGCCGUCAAACCACACUGGGUCGGAGAUCUUGACAAAGUCGGAGCUAGGCGCAGGCGCCGGGGAGGUGUACAGGACCAUCGCCAGAUUUGAGAGCGUCCAGAGGUCUCAGGUGGGCUUUGAGAUCGGCGAGGAGGCGGAGGUGAUCGAGAAGCGGGACGAGGGCUGGUGGUUCGUGCGGCUCCGCGGCGAGGACGGAUGGGUUCCGUCCACGUACCUGGAGCCAGUUGAGCAGGGGGACAGGGACGCGCUCUUCGAGGGCGCGGCGCGAGGAAUGGCCGCGAGCGGCGAUGGCGGUCGAGGGGCAAAGCUGGCAAAUAACGGCGUCCCGCCAAAACGGCCGCCCCCACCGAAGAGGCCUUCGGUGGGCACGGGGAAGCCGAUGGCCGCCGUGAACGCGUCGGUGCAGCCUCAGACGACUCCGGUGAAACUCUCCAAUGGCUCCCUGCAGUCGGGACACUUGGGCAGCGCCACCUCGCAGCAGCAGCAGCAGGGACGCGGCGACUCCAAGAGGAGCGCCAACGGGCGCGAGGGCGGCGGGCGGCAGGCGGCGGCGGUGAAACGGAACGAAUCGUUUCAGGCAGGCUCGACGUCGCGCCCGUCCGUACAGGUGCGACGCAACGUCUCCUUCAACGGGCCCAAGCCUUGGGGCGGCGCCGGCAAAGCGGAGCAGCUCGCGACGUCGAAUGCGGCUGCAGUGGCCGCGGCGGCCGCGGCGGCUGCGGCCGGAGGGGGAGCGGCCAGGCCGUCGUGGAGCCGCGCCAAGUCCGAGGCUGGGGCGGCAGGGGGAAAAAGGCCCGCGGCUCGUGCCAUGGCCAUCUCGAUCUCGAGGCCGGUCGGCAGGCCCGAGGAGGUGUUCGUGGCGAUUGCUGAUUACGCGGGCGACGAGGAGACGAUGGGGCUGCUGGAGGGGUCGUCGCUGGAAGUGAUCGAGCGAAAUCCGAACGGAUGGUGGUACUGCAAGGUGCUGGAAGGGGACGAGGAACGGGAGGGGUGGGUGCCCUCCAACUACUUGGAGAGGAAGAGCUAAGCUGGAGGCUUACAAUUUGGGGGGGCACUAACAUUGUGGGUCUUUUAUUUCUGAUUUUGGGGCCUUAUUUUAAUAUUGUUAGAUAUUGUUUUUUGCUCAUUUAAGUUUCGGUAAAACAAAAUAAUUCCAAAUGCAUAUUACAAGUUAGCAAGAAUUCGUUUUCAAAGGCGGCAUAUUUCUAAGGUUACUUUAGUGUUUAUACCACACCAAUUCCUUCUAUCUCUCGGCGCCUCUUGUCAUGCAAAGCAUGAGAGACAGAAUGAGGAAACGUAUGUUCAGGAAACAAUCACGUUGCCUGUUAAGCACAAUAAGUCGGCUUGGACAGGACACAUCCCCUGCAGGUAUCUUGAGUGACAGACGAGACUGAUGAUGGACUGGGAGCCAACGGAGAGAAGGGGCCUGAAAGUGUGUCCACUGCAGAGAGGGAGCGAUGAGAUCGUUUCACGUGCAGGAGCGAGAUGGAUCGAGGUAUUGCAGAACCAUGGAGGUUGGGACAGCAUGACUGAUGAUGACAGUGAUGAAAUGCAUCUCACGGUUUUUUGUAGGGUAAGCACGUGACAGUCGUACAAUGCCGGAAGUGAAUAUAAAAAAAAAAUACCAACUGUACUUGAGUGUUUAAAGUUACUUAGUACGUUUGGAAUUUGAGAUAGCGUUCACUACUUAAUUAUUGGUGCACAUUGCAUUUUACGACUAAUUGUUUCAUUGCAUUUUGGCCGCGAUAUGGGUUCUUUUGCACAGUGGUUGGUGCUACUCAUGAAUUGAGUCUUUGAUAUCGUCUGGGUCUAAAUUUUGCAAUUGAGGAAAAUAUAUUUCGUGUGUAUAAACUGAUGUAAAUUAAAUUAGAAUGAAGAACUGCUGAAAUUGAAAUUACAAUUUAUUUUAAUUUAUGCAAAAAAAUAGCAUUACUUUUCUACACAGAUAAUGUUACUUGAAAAGGUAGCCGAAGUAACAUGGUAAAGGUGUUGCAUUUGACCUCUCGCUGUCGCAGGAGGUCAGACGUUUGGCGCAACGGUCCUCCGCUGACUGUGCGUGAUGAGUAAACGAAUUGCAUUAAGCUCUCCAGAUCUGGAAUCUGGUUUCUAAAGUAAUUAUUUGGCUCAUGUUAUCGCUUACAUUUGGUGGCUGUUCUGCAUUCUGUUUCCUCUAAAGAAUAAACAGUCGAGGCUUUUUUUUCUGGAAUGAAGGUCACUAACGGGUCAGCCACCGCAAGUUCAUAUUUUUUUUUUCAAUUUGUAAAAAAAAAAAUGAUUUUAAUUUCGCCUUGUUGAAAUUAUAAACUGGGUGGCGUUUUGCAAGCGACGACCACUCAGCAUUCCUAUGGCAGGGGCCAGCUUCCCACAGGAUAAUAAUUGUUGACAAUAAUAGUUGUCAAACCACGGGUGACUGAAACUGGACUCGGUUGUCAGCAGUGCUGACUACUGAGGCACCAAAUGACCGCCUUGCCAUAUCCAAACAAACAGCGGGGAUAGCACGUGUUCUGUCUUGGAGCAGAGCAGUGCCCAAAUGAUAAGUGCUUUGAUUUAUGAUUGCCGUUAUCCUUGAAGGAUUGUUAUUAUUGUUGUUAUAAAGCACAGCAUCGCAGGGGUUAAAAUCUGAGCUCGUGCAGAAAAAAGCCGCGUGACGUCACUGCUCCACGUGACCAGGGUCUUUUGAGUUCACCCCGUCACCUCCAUCCUGUCGCAUUGUUAUCUGCUUUCUGUAUUUUGAUACAUCUGUUGUGGGGCCAGCGUUCUCCCAGCUCUGGCCACAACAACGACAAAAAAACAUGAUUGAUUGUAUGCCUCGAGCACUGAAUGUAUACAUGGCCAAUUUGAUUAGAGACGGUGAUAUCCACAGUGAGUUGCAAAGGAACCAAAAAAAAAGGUGGAAACAAACUAAGUGAGAAAAAAUAAUACAAAAAAACGACGAUGUAUAGUAAGUGUAAAUGUAGCUAAAGCUUUAAGAAAAAUCAUGAUAGGAAACCCACAUUGAAUGGUUUAUUUCCACUUCUUUUUCUGGGUGCAUAAAGGUUGCAAUGAAAUGCAACCAAGAGUGUAUUUCAAGGCUCGUAUAUGUGUAGCAUAUCUUUAUCCCAUUGGUGUAAUAUUGCUCGCCUGUUUUCUUUUCCAAAUGUAAUACCAUUAUGUUACUUUAAAGGCAUGGUACGAAUAGGUUAUUCCAUAUGCUGAAGAUGUAUGCAUUUGCUUUUGAAUACCUACGCAAAUAGCUUAUGUUAUACUUUGCAGUCGACACACACCUUUGUAAGAAAAAUAUAAAAUGUAUGAUACUCGGUGUUUCUUUGUUACUCAUAAAUGCUUUUUUUUCUCCAAUGUAUCAGUAAGGUUAGGUGGGCCAUUGUUGUGCUGUUAACAUGCGAUAGUCUUUGAAAACAUUGGUAAGUUAAGCAUUUUAUGAUUAAUUUAAGUAACAAUUUAUCAAGCAAGACUUGGAAAGAAAUGUUUGGCUGAAGGCCAUUAUUUUACUGACUAGCCUUAUUGAUGUUUCUACCUUGGGCAGUUUUUAAUAUAACGAUUACACAUUCUCAAUGGCAAUCAAUAUUUAAUAUAAAAAAAAAACAAUUCCUUUCAAAUGUUAAAAAAACAUUUUU